AUGGAGAUGCCGGAGGCACAGCCGCUGCCGGCGUGGAUUCUCGCCGGACCAGCCGCGCCAAACCUCUACGCCGACGAGGAGAUGGAACCGGCGGACGAUGACGUUGGCGUCGACGUCGACGACUCGGCCCUCGCCGCUCCGCCCCCACCCCUGCCUUGCCCGGUGCACGGCUGGGCCUGCCCGAGGCUUGCACAGCAGGGAAUCCAUGUCCAGGAGGAGGCCGAGCCCGUGGUGCCUGAGGCGGCGUCGCCGGACCUGCCGUCCCCAACUCCGGCGCACGAGCCCGGCCCGUCAAGCGUCGAGUCCGCCACGCCAAGCGCUGGACUCGCACCGAUGGCCGUGCGUGACGCCGUCCUCGACAACGACGCGGGAGGCUCUGCCGCCGCUGCACAGCCUCCUCAACGCCGCAUCCGCUUCAUCGUGCCGCGCGCCGUGCUGCAGGCCAGCCGCGCCGGCCGGCGGCCGGGGGAGUGGAGCCCGGCGAGGCUCUCCAACGGCCACUCCAACGGCGUCGCCCCGGGGACCCUGCUCCCUGGAGGAUCCUCCGACGAGGAAGAGGACGGCCAGAACACCCGUCGCCGGUGA